CGACGACAAAUCCACAACCUUGACUAACCGUACAUUCAGGCUUUGACAUUCGUAUUUUUUUGACAUUUAAAUUUGAACAAAGAAAAUAACACAUGAGAAAAAUGAAGAAAAUCUCGUAGGCGGCGUUUGUUACUUCAUGGUUAUGAGUCUUAUGACUUAUCCAAUAUUAGAGCAUGAAACCAAACCAGAACAAGUUCUUGAGAAUAAUCUCAACACCUCUUAGAGCUUUAGGCAAGGCACGUGAUUUCUACGUGAGAAGCAUCACCGGUUGCGCAGCUCGGACUCAAUAUUCCUCCUCCGCCUCCGUCUCCGCUCCUUUUCCUAGAAGCCGGAGCUCCUCCUCCGCCGCCUUUUCCUCCUCCGCUUCAUCCCGGAGAGCCACCGAUUUCGGGAUAGAUGAAGAUUACAGCGAGCUAGUGAGAGCUGCGUCGGUGAGGAGUUUAGGGCACAAGAAUGAGAUAGACAUGUUGUUACAAGAGAAGCAGCAACAACAGAGGCAACAGAAGCAAGGAGGGUUACCUAAGAGCUCGAGUGUUGGGAUGGCGAAGAUAGAGGAAGAGGAAGAAACAGAGGAAGGCUCUGUAAAUCCGAAGAUGAAGAAGACUAAGAAAGUCUCUGAUCUUUUGUACCCUCGUAGCAAAUCUUACGCUGUUACUGUUGAUCUCAUAGACUGAUAUAUUUCUAUUUGAUUUUAAACCAGUUUGUUUUGCUGUAUAUGCUUGCAUUUCCAUUUUCGGAUUUAUCAUUGAUAAAGUUCUUUCUAGAUAUACGUAUAUACGAUGAUUAAUUAGUGAAUAUAAUUAAAUCAAGGACAGCAUUGUGC